AUGGGAAAUAAUCAAACAUCAAAAGCAACUCGAUUAAUUCCAGAACACGAUGAAAUUCAUCAAAAGAAGAAAUUUUCAUUUUCACGCGUAAUAGAACAUUUAAGUGAAAAAGAUGAAGAUUUUGAAAUGAAUUCAAAAGAAUAUGAAAAAAUGAAAAAUAUAUCACGUCAAGUUUCAUCAACUACCAUUCUUCGUCCUCCAUUUUGUUUUGUAUAUUAA